AUGGACGACAUCAUCCCUGAAGUCGUCCACCAUCUCAGGCCCCGCGAAAAUGCAGAUCGCCGCGCCCUUGCUCAGCUAGCUCGCACACGCAGGUCGUUUUGCGUACCGGCGCUGGAUAUUUUGUGGGAAAGUAUGGACGAUGUCUUGCCGCUGUUGAAGAUCCUCUCGAGUUCUCUCGCUUGGAAGCCCAGCGGUCCAGCGAGUCCUGUCUACACGGUGCAUCGACCCAUUUUCAAGUCCGAGUGGCUCCGGUUUCAGUCUUACGCCCGGCGCAUCCACAGCCUCUGUCCUCGCCCACUAUGCCAUAUUGAUUCGUCUGUCUUUGACCGCCUAAGCAGUUACUUAGAGAGAGAUCCGUUGCUCCCUUGUUUGACAUCCUUGACCAUCUCGUGGAGCGGAUGGACUACAUUUGAAUUCGAAGCCCUGUUUUUCGUCUCGCCCUCACUGCGCCAGGUUCGCGUCUCCAUCGAGCUCCCAGACGUGUGGUCUGGUAGGCAGAGCUGCAUCGCCGCAAAAUUUCUGUAUCUCUUGUGCCUGGAGAGUGUGAAUCUCGAACAUCUGACCCUUUGCAGCGGUGCCCAUGGCGCAUACUUGCCGUCUGUUGCGCAAGCGGCCAAUCUGCGAGAGCUGGUGCUGACCGAGUGCAACAUCUCUCCUUCUCUGCUCUCAUCCUGUGCGCAGUUGCCGCUACUGACUGUGUUCCGUGUUAGGUUGCUCGAGCGCCAAGCACCCGAUCUUUCCUGCUGUGGAGCCGGACCCGGAUUCCCUGCGCUGGAGGUCUUGGACGCCAUGGGCGACCUGGGGCCCGUAACGGAAUUGAUCAAGAUCAUCACGUCGCCCCAUCUCCGGUCUUUCUCCUGGACUGAACGUGGCCCCCGUGCGCACACCCGUCAAGAUCUGUACGUCCUCUACUCCGCGCUGUCCUCCAGACAUUCGGCGGCUCUGCGCGAACUCGACAUCUCUUUCGCCCAUUUCGCCAACGGCGCCGACGACUCGGCGCGAGUGGUCGACGCGCUCCGGCCGCUCCUGAAGCUCCGCGCGCUCGAGAAGCUCGCGCUCAAGACCCACGCGCGCGUCUCCCUCGCGUCCAGCCACCUGCACGACAUGGCCUCAUCCUGGCCGCACCUCACCGCGCUCCUCAUCGCAGCAGCCCCGCCGGGCCCCACAGCGCCACGCCUACACUCCCUAGCCGCCGUCGCGCGCAGUUGCCCCGCACUCGCGGUCCUGCGGCUGCCCGGCAUGGACGUGCGGGUGGACGCGCUCGCGGUUCCGCAUCGUCUGCAGACUCUCUGCAUUUGUGCUGCGCCAUCGAGUUUGGUUGCGGACCCGGCGGCGGUGGCGGGGUUCCUCGACGGGCUGUUUCCGGAGGUGGAGAUUGAGGUAGAGGCGGGUGCGAAGGGGGCCUGGGAGGAGGCCGUUGGCGUGCAGGCCGCGCUGCAGCGCGCGAGGCGACUCGGGCUCGGAGUGGUGAGUGGUUGUGGCCUGCGGUUGUGCACCUGGCGUGCCGACUGCUAUGUGUCUCGCCGACGCCUGGAGCCGUCGUUGAUUCUAUGUGGAUCACUUCGUGCUCGUCGUUGUACUUAG